AUUACAUACGAAUACAAACCUUACACACCAAAAAGAUGAAUACCGAUACAUCAGAUGUUGCUGGAAAAAAACCUUCCAUAAAGAAGGGAAGGUGGUGCAAAAAAGACGACGAUUUUUUAGCACAUCUGGUCUCCUUAGAGUCGUCGAAACCCAGAUGGCGACAUAUUGCCGAAAAAUUCGGCAGUAGGAGUGGAAAACAAUGUAGGGAGAGAUGGGAAAAUCACCUCAAAAAUGGAAUCGUCAAACGACGAUUCACGGCCGCCGAGUCGGCAUUUAUUCAUAAUGAGGUGGAGAGAUGCCGACCAGAAGCACCAAAAUGGGCCUUAAUUUCAGCGAAGCUGGUGAAUUCCACUCCGCUGAUGGUGAGGAACCAUGUCAACAAUUACCGCAGGAAAAGGACUGCAAAUGCCCUAAAACAUCGGAGGGCAAAAUUGUACCAAAACAGGUCAACCUCAAAAAUAACAGUUAACCUUAUGCCAAAGCCACAAAAUCCACCGAUAACGAAAAUGUCUGUAACAUUUUUGUUAAACUGAAUUGUGGCCGGCCCAUAAUUUUUCAUCAUAUCAUAUUUCCUA